AUGAGGUCCUCGCUGACGCCUUUGGGGCCGCCCGUGAGCCGGGACCGCAUCAUCACCAGCUUCCCGAAGUGGUACACGCCUGAUGCCUGCCUGCAGCUCAAGGAGCACUUCCAUGGGCAGGUCAGCACGACCUGCCAGCACAGGAACACGGGGACUGUGGGGCUGCGACUCUCCAAGGUGGUUGUCGUUGGUGAUCUCUACGUGGGCAAGACCAGCCUCAUCCACAGGUUUUGCAAGAAUGUCUUUGACCGUGACUACAAGGCCACCAUCGGGGUGGACUUUGAAAUCGAGCGCUUCGAGAUCGCUGGGAUUCCCUACAGCCUGCAGAUCUGGGACACAGCAGGGCAGGAGAAGUUCAAGUGCAUUGCAUCUGCCUACUACCGGGGUGCCCAGGUGAUCAUCACAGCCUUUGACCUCACUGACGUGCAGACUCUGGGGCAUACCAGGCAAUGGCUGGAGGAUGCAUUAAGGGAGAAUGAGCCGGGCUCCUGCUUCGUGUUCCUUGUGGGAACCAAGAAGGACCUUCUGUCAGGGGCUGCAUGUGAGCAGGCGGAAAUGGAGGCUGUGCGUCUGGCCAACGAGAUGCAGGCCGAGUACUGGUCGGUGUCCGCUAAGACGGGGGAGAACGUGAAGGCGUUCUUCAGCCGCGUAGCCGCCCUGGCAUUUGAGCAGUCGGUUCUACAGGACUUGGAGAGGAGGAGCGGUGCCCGGCUCCAGGUCGGCGAGGGAGACCUCAUCCGAAUGGAGGGGAGUCAACCCGAGACCCAGGAGAGCAUGACAUCCUCCAGCCUGGGUUGCUGUUAG